GAUAUGAGUUCUUUGGUGAUGUAGCGGUUGUUUCAAUAGUUACAUCAGUGCAUCCGGCGUCGCCAGCAACAUUUUGGCCACUCAUCUAAAUUAAAAGUUUUAAUCGAACAUCUUUUUGGCUUUAAGGAAAUCUGUAAAAGUAUCGUACACCAUCAUGCCUGGAUACUGUGUACCUCGUUGUAAUCCUGCCCGUUGCACGCAAUGUUAUAACAUGACAUGUUGCCGGCGAUACAAUCCGAAUGCCGGCAAAGAAGCAUAUGAAAGAGUCUUGAAGAACUACUUACCACGCUGUCCAACAGUCUGUCCAGAACAUAGAGCUGAGGUAGACUGCAAGCUGUGUCAUCCUUCAAUAGGAUAUUGCAAGCCAGGCUAUCCACCACGAUGUUACGAUCUUAUGUACCCAGGAGUUCUACCACCUAGCAGCGGUCGGAGGAACACAAAACGGUUCGGUGCAAGGCCAACAAUAGAACACAGGUGUUGUCCACAUGUUCCACUCAGGCUUAACUCUUUGGAUUAUAUUCAACAGUGGUAAAGAAGCACCAAGCUAACAACACCUGUGAUGUUUGGAUUCUAAUUUUCUGUCAGUUGUAUGUUCAAAAUGAACGUUAACCGUUAUCAUUUAUGUCAUCUUUUUAUGUAUCUUUACUGAGUUAUUAAAUACAAAUUAAUCCCUUAA